AACGAGAAUGUUUCCUUAUUAGACACUUAUAUAUCUACCUAUACACUGAUAUAUAUAUAUACCUGUAGUAUAAUUUUGUCACUUUUGAUUAUUCAUGUGCAACAUACCCGAUUCGUACGAUUUCUUUCGUUACAAAGUGUAUCAAAUAUUCGAACAGAGUCACGAAUGUCCGUUUGUUCCUCGUUGUGCAAGUUCCGUUUUUGAAUGAAUAAACGUGACCAACUCACCGAGAUAAAAGUCCCUAGAAGAAUAUUACCUACGAUGGUAACAAUUUACGUCACCAAAUAUUUAUCAUCAAACUGCAUUUUCUUGUAUCAUGUAUUUGUUUAGUGUGCAACGCGCAUUACGAGAUGCAAAAAGAAAAAAGAAAAGGAAAAUUGUGCAAAUAACGAAAUCCAUCCAACCGGUACCUCGAUGAAAUUUGUACUUUGACAAAAAGUCGAGGAAAAGUUAUUUUUUUUCAGAGUACGCCUGCACGUGUACUGGAAAUUUUUCACUCGACAGCGUUUCAACGUGCAAAAAGUCGAAUCGAAGAGCAAUUUGAAAUGAUAGGGACAAAAUCCGUGUCGGCGGUUCCCUCGUUCUAAUCGCAAGCGUAACAUGGCGACGUGCACGUGCUGUUGUCUACAUUUCUUCAUGGCGAACGAUCGUCAGACGCGUAACGCGUACGUUUCACGGGUCUCGAAAAUUCGUGGUGCCGGGAUACAUCGGUAGAAGUGACGCGUAUAUAUUUUUUGGUGGGAAACGCAUGGUAAUGGAAGGGGAUCGCUCGACGAAGAAGAGUCAUAAAGAGUGGCGUAAGAUAGCGAAGAAGGAACGCCGGAGACAUCUGCGUCGUAGAGCGGCCGCGGAACGGGAAGCGGACGAGCAACGACUGAGGGCAGCACUGGAGAAAAGCGCGGACUAUUUAAACUGGCUGGAACAGCGUGAAGCUGAGGAGAGAGAGAAAGAAGCUCGUGAGAAAGAGGAGCACGACGAACGGGAGAGACUGUGGUUAGAGGAGGAGGUGAAAGCCCAAGAGGAGUGGCAAAUUUUGCAGGAGAAGAAGCAAAAGGCCCGGCAACUGCAGUUGGAACAGGAGGCGAAAGUCCGCCAAGAAUUCGAAGCGAAGCAAGAGGCCGUUCGGAAGAAGCAGGAAGAAGAGAAACGUAGGAGAGAGGAGGAAAUUAGGAAACGAGAGCAGCUGUUGAAAGAGAUCGACGAUUACAUCGACAACGGGAUCAAGACGCCGGAAGCUCUGCGCGAAGUUAUCGACAGCCAGCCUGGCAAGGAGCUUUGUCCCUUUUUCACGAAAACAGGCGCUUGCAGGUACGGCGAUACUUGUUCGAGGAAUCAUCGCAGAUUAUGUUUGAGUAAGGUGAUACUUGUGCCUGGAUUUUACACGCAUUUCUCUCUGGAGAAGAAUUCCGCGGAAUACGACACAGACAUCGGCCUUGAAUUCGAAAGCUCGGAGACACGGCAGCACUUCCGCGAGUUUUACAACGACGUCGUCCCGGAACUCGAGUCGUUCGGCAGAAUCAAAACGUUGAAGUACUGCUGCAACACCGAGGUUCACCUGCGGGGCAAUUUGUAUGUCGAGUAUCACACCGAGAGGGAGGCUGCCAGGGCUUUGAGGAAGCUGAAGGGUCGAUGGUACGCCGGCCGGCAGCUUAACUGCGAGUUCGUCAACCUGAAGUCAUGGAGGAGCGCGGUUUGCGGAAUGUCGAAAUGCCCGAAAGGGAGGGCGUGUAAUUUUCUGCACACUUUUAAAAAUCCGCACGACCAGUACGACAUUAAAAGCCCGCCGAGAUGGAUGAAGCAAUUGUCCUCGUCCGCUCAGGAAAUUACCAGCAACAAGAAGCUCGAACACAGAAAUAAAUCUAAAUGGGAGGACGACACGGAAGGUGAUAAAAAUUGGAGAUGGUCCGAAUCUCCCGAACCCGAGAUAGAUCAUCGUUCGAGGAACACCGAGAAACGCCAUUAUCAUUCCGACGAAAGGGAACGAGACUUUCGACAGAGAUCGGCGCGCGACAAACGACACGAACAAGUCGAUCGAGACGCAGCUGCCGAUAACGAGUCGCCAUCGGUGAAACGUCACCGAGCCAAGUCCAGGAGAUACAAAGAUGACGAGAAGAUGAAAGACGACGACGUUCCGAACGAUCGCGAAUCAUGUAAAAGCUCUAGACAUUCCAAGAAACAUCAGAGAAAGAGGAAGGAGGACAGCGACGUGUCGCCGAAGCGUUCUCGUAAAAAAAGGCGCUCGAAAAGCAGCGAACGAAAUCAUCGCUCGAUAAGCCACCGGUUCUCCAACAAAUAUUCGAGAAGCGAGAAAACGGAGAGCGUCGACAAAGACAGACACAAGUUGAAAAGUCACAACGAACUGUGCCAAGACCCUUGGAGAUGUGGAACCAAAGACGCGCGUACCAAAGAAAUUUGCGUCGACGCGAUGAAUGGGAAAUCCAAAUGGGACAAGGAAAAUUCGGAGAAAGUCGAUUCCGAGGGUACGGAAUCCUCCGAUUCCGAGAUCUCCGGCGUUGUCGAGGACCAGAAGGAUAUUGAUAAGUCGGAAACACCGUGUCAACGUUCUUCUGAAAAAGUUUCCGACAACGAAUGGACUACCACAGAUUCUGAAGACGACGUGAACAUCAAGAAGAAUUAGUACAAGAGACGACCAAGAGAACACUUUGUUGAAAAUUGCGCAAACGAUCCAGAUGUAAUAAUUAUUAUAGUUCCGACUAUAGUAGUAUAGUACCGACGAAUACUUUUUCACAUCGAAAUAUAUUUAACAAUAAAAUGUAUUCACACUUGUCUCAGUUCGUUCUCUCCAUUACGAGUUUCUUUAAUCAUUAUUGUCGGAAGUGACUUGAGAGAUUUGGAGAUCGAUAAAAAUGAUUUAUGAACAAGAUACUUUGACCGAUAUAUUACUUAUCGUCAAAUUGGGACAUGUUCGAGUGAUAUUUAUUUAAUAAACGAACUAUGAAGAUUAAACGAUUAGGCGUUUAUCUAUGUUCAUCGGUUCGACUUGUAUCUUAUACGUAUGUACGUAUAUCUUAACUUAUCAGAUAAAUUGCUUUUAAUUUAA